AUGUCUCUGGAGGGGAGCAGCCAGCAGCUCCCGCGGAUCGUCGGGAGCCGGCUGGGCGGCAGGUACUGUCUGGGCAGGAAGCUCGGCAGCGGCUCUUUCGGGGAGAUCUACUUCGUGGUGGACACCCACACUGGCGACGAGCUGGCGGUGAAGCUGGAGGCCGUCAAUAGCAAGUACCCCAUGCUGUUGUUCGAGGCCAAGGUCACGAAGCACAUGCAGGGAGCCCCAGGAUUUGCAAAAGUGCAGUAUUUCGGUGUGGAGGGCGACUACAACGUUAUGGUGAUGGAUCUGCUGGGCCCGUCCCUUGAAGACCUCUUCAACCUGUGUCAACGACGCUUCAGCCUGAAAACAGUGGCGAUGAUCGCAGACCAGAUGCUGUACAGGAUCGAGCACCUCCACUCGAAGAGCUUCAUACACCGCGAUAUUAAGCCAGACAAUUUCCUCAUGGGGACCGGGAAGAAGGAUACCGUCCUGCACCUCAUAGACCUUGGCCUUGCGAAGAAGUAUCGAGACCCGAAAACGCUGCAGCACAUACCCUUCGCGGAGGGGAAAAGUCUCACGGGUACAGCUCGCUAUGCGUCCCUCAAUGCCCACAUUGGUGUCGAGCAGAGCCGCAGAGACGACCUUGAAGCCAUAGGAUACGUCCUGAUGUAUUUCAACCGUGGUAACCUUCCGUGGCAGGGCGUGCACGGUGCCACAAAGCAGGAGAAGUCCGCCAAGAUCUUGGAUGUCAAAAUGCGAACCCCGGUUGCUACCAUCUGCGAAGGGUUCCCACUUGUUUUCUCCGUGUACCUCAACUACUGCAAGGCCCUCCGCUUCGACGACCGGCCCGACUACGCCUACCUCCGCGGCCUCUUCAAAGACUUCUGCCAGCAGGAGGGCUUCGCCAACGACGGAGUCUACGACUGGACGCAGCCCCCCAGCGGCAGCAGCACCACGGCCGCCAGCCGCCAGCGGCACUGCGGCGAGGCCUUGGGGCCCGGCGGGCGCGAGGGGGGCGCGGACGGCGCGGCCAAGGAUCAAGCAGUGGCGAAGCGUCUUGGCUCGCCUGUGGGCCCACCAAAGAAUGUUCCAAGAACCGUCUGUGGUCUGCGCGACAUGUGCUCAGCACGCUUCGGGCCGUCGGCUUCUGAGAGCAUGGUGCUUGUUCUCAGAGCAUGUUUGGGUUCUACGAGCCUGUCGCGGUAG